UUGGCAGGCUGGUGGGCGGGGCGUCAAAGAGGGAGGCGCUUCGUGACGUCACGGGGAAGAGAGAGAGAGAGAGAGAGGCUGAAGGGAGCUUCCGGUUAAGGCAAGCAGGCAGGAAGUGGCGGCAGGAUGUUGGGGGACUUGCUGCUCUUCGGGACGCUGCUGGCCAACGCGGGGGCCGUGCUGAACUUCCGGCUGAAGAAGAAAGACAGCCAAGGCUUUGGCGAGGAAGUGAGGGAACCCACCACAGGCGACAACAUCCGGGAGUUUCUGCUGAGCCUGCGCUACUUCCGGAUCUUCAUUGCCUUGUGGAAUAUCUUCAUGAUGUUCUGCAUGAUCCUGCUAUUUGGAUCUUGAAAACCUUCGGUGGACCAAACCAGUGACUGUCAGUGUUGUACUUUUGGGAAUUUUGGGGUGGAUUCCAGUCGGAAAUACUACCUUCCUGUGAUGUCGGAAAACCCUGUUGUUUCUCGUGGAAUAUUAAAUAAAUUUCCCGGCUGUUAGCAUUCGUGCCUAUGCUUUCGUUGGUAGAAAUCUAGCAAAUGUAGAUUUUAUAUGUAGCAAAUAAAUAAAUAAAAUCUAAUGGGAAAGCGCCGCCCCUUAA